GAGAGGUCACUCAGGUAAACAGCCAAGAUGGCGGCGCCGUCGCCGCCGGGAGCCGAGCGGGAGCCGGGCUUGGAGGCAGAGCGGGCGGCCCCGCUGACCCUGACGGCGCUGCCGGGGGAGCUGCUGGAGCUCAUCGCCUGCUGCGGGACGCUAAGCGCCGCCGACGUGGGCCGCCUGGCCUGCACCUGCCGCCGCCUCCGGGAGGCCUGUCAGCCCCACGGGAAGGUCUGGCGGGAGCAGUUCCGACUCAGGUGGCCCUCACUAAUGAAAUAUUACAACCAGACAGAGAAUGUCAAUUGGCUGGAGGAAUAUAAAGAACGACACAAAGCUGGCUUGGAAGCAAGAAGGAUUGUAGCAUCUUUUUCCAAAAGGUUCUUUUCAGAACAUGUUCCCUGUGACGGCUUCAGCGACAUUGAGAUUCUGGAGUGCCCAAGCCAUUUCUUUGAGGAUGAACUGAUGUCCAUCCUUAAUAUGGAAGGAAGGAAAGGCCUGACAUGGAAGUACUAUGCUAAGAAAAUUCUCUACUUCCUGAGGCAACAGAAUAUUUUAAAAAAACUGAAGACAUACCUUCAACGCUCAGCAGAUGAACAGUCCUUCUUGGAAGGUGCUGUAUUAAUUGAUCAGUACUGUAACCCUUUGUCAGACAUUUGCCUAGAGACUGUUCAGGCCCAGAUCGAUGACAUUGCUGCUAAAGUUCGUAAAUAUCUGAAGUCUAAAAACCCUCGGCAUCCCAGCGUGACCUCAAAAGCAGGAGAAGUAUCUCAGGAAGUCUUCGAGGUGGAACUUCAGAGGCAGGUUUUGGAUGCCAUGAACUAUGUCCUGUAUGAGCAAUUGAAAUACAAAGGGAAUGAGGUGGAUUACUACAAUUCUCUGAAUUCAUACAUUCGCCAGGUUUUGAUCCAUCGGACUGGAAUCCCGAUCAGCUUGUCUGUGCUUUAUUUGACAAUUGCCAAGCAGUUGGGAGUCAGGCUGGAGCCUGUCAACUUUCCCAGUCACUUUUUGCUGAGAUGGUGCCAAGGGACAGAAGGAAGCACGAAUAUCUUUGACUACAUUUACAUAGAUGCUUUUGGAAAGGGCAAGCAGCUAAAGGUGAAGGAAUGUGAGUACCUGAUUGGACACCACGUAACAGAGGAGUUCUACGGCGUGGCUACAGCAAAGGAAGUUUUGCAGCGAAUGGUGGGCAACUUGCUGAACAUCGGGAAACGGGAAAGCACUGAUCAAUCCUACCAGCUCUUGAGAGACUCAUUGGAUCUGUACUUGGCCAUGUAUCCAGAUAACGUGCAGCAUCUAAUGCUCCAAGCAAGGCUGUACUUCCACCUGGGAAUCUGGCCGGAAAAGGUGCUGGACAUUUUGCAACAUAUUCAGGCCUUGGACCCUUCUCAGCACGGGGCGGUUGGCUAUUUAGUCCAGCAUACACUGGAGCACAUUGAACGUCGGAAAGAGGAAGCAGGACCGGAUGUGAAGCUCCACUCUGAUGAGAAGCACAAAGAAGUCUGCUAUUCUGUCGGUCUGGUUAUGAAGCACAAAAGGUAUGGCUAUAACUGCGUGAUCUAUGGCUGGGAUCCAGCCUGCAUGAUGGGGCACGAGUGGAUUCGAAACAUGAACGUCCACAGCUUGCCGCACGGUCCCCACCAGCCUUUCUACAAUGUACUGGUGGAAGAUGGAUCUUGCCGAUACGCCGCACAAGAGAACCUGGAGUAUAACACAGAGCCUGGUGAAAUCCCUCACCCGGACAUCGGACGCUACUUUAUGGAAUUUGCGGGCACGUACUACAUGGCAAAUGCAGAAUUGGAGAUCCGAUAUCCUGAGGAUCUGGAGCUUACACGUGCCACUGUCCAAAAGAUAUACAGCGAGAAAAAGGAGUGAGCUUUUUAUCUUUUUACGAGGGCAGAGGAUGCCUUCGCAAAGCAGCCUUGAGAAUGGCAUUGUGGGAAGCAAGUAUCCGUAGCUGUUCUCUGGCCGAAUCAGGAAUUUGCACUUUGCUUUGUAACUAGAGGUGAAGCAUCUCUUCUGUAACCACUCAGUUGCAUCACAUCAACACAAGCGAAAGAACGUGGGUCGCAUGAAUUUCCUGGAAAGGAUAUCCCUCGUCUGAAAUUAUUGCCAUACAGAAAAAUCUAAUCACUUUCACCACGUCUGACUCUUGGUCUUGACUUUCGGGGUAUAGCCCUGAGACUGAAAAUGCCCACCCUUGAUCACAUUUGUGCUAGUUUAAUGGUCUGGGGUUUGCACACCAUAGUUAAGGACCAAGGUCCUUUUGAAAUAACACAGUUGUUUUCCAAAACUGAUUCUCCCCUUCCCGGUUCACUUCUUUGAUCACUAUUGUAGCCAGCAGUCCAGUGCCAAAGUCUUGGGAAUGAUGACACUUUCUUGCCCAAAGACCUGGAAGCGUUCUGCCAAGUGGAACUCUUUCUGCUGCAUCAGGUGGUACAGUCUAAUCCACAUGUGGACACGAAGUUCAUAGGGAACAGGAAAUUGCAUCGGAUUUCCUCUUCCUUGUAGGGCUUUUGAGUCUGAAUUUUCUUGUUUUUGAUCGCCAGCAAGACAUAUUGAUGAUACCAUGUUUGUGAUCAGGUUGUAUGUUUUAAACCCUUCUCUCCAUUUUCCCUUUACUUUGUAUCCCUUAGGUCUCUUUUGCCGAAGUUCCGUGGUAAGAGGCAAACCAGGUAUUCCACUCUUCUGUCUGCCAUUAUCUACGCAAAAGAUAAAUGUUUUCUGUUGUGACAUCAACAGUGCAACUCUAAGCAGAGUUAUACCUUUCUAAAGCCGCAGUGGACUCAGAAGGAUGCAACUGCUUAGGAUUGCACUGUAUGUAGCAGGCUUGCGCAUUAAAGCCAAAACCCCACAUUCUGUCUGUUCCAAACCUAAUUAUUGGGCGGAAGGAAAUGUUGAUAUCUAAAAUUUGCUAUAUUAGGGACCGUUCAAUAAAUCUGGGUUACUUGACUGAAAUAUUACUGGAAUGGGAUCUGGGCAUGGAGGAAGGAAACGGCUGCAGAUGUGUAUCUAUCUUUUGUCAGGCAUUUUAAACAUAUAACGCAAAAGUG